CGUUUAGUUCGUUGCUUCAUCGCCUUGUGUUUCUCUAUUGUGUGUUUCGCGUUGUGUUCUGCAUUUUUCAUUAAUAAUUCCAUUUGACUUGGUUUUAUAAUUAACUGACGUACAUAUGUUUUAAUUUGAGAAUAUUGAAAAUGUGACUGAUCAAAAUCAAAUUGUGUGCUGUUUUUUGCAAAUGAUUUUAUUAAUUAAAGUGAAUUUCAUAGAAAAAGGCUUGGGUAAUUGUCAAAUAUUUCUCUUCCCUUCCAGCGUACACCAGCUAACUGCUAUUACGCCUAUUCCGUGUCAAGUAUGGUGCACAUUAAUACAUAUGUAUGCAUUCAUGGCCGAGUGCGCGAAAUUCCUUAAAUUCACAAAAUUAUCAAAGGAAAGGGGCGGCUGUGUCGACAAAUAAGUGUACUGCGAGAAAUGGUGCUGUUGCAACGUCAACGACUACAAAGGACUUUAAAUCGGUUCCAAAGACAGAGGCAUCAAGAAUUUUUACAACCUUGUCUAAAGCCGCAGCACUCACAAUCAUUUCAAUUGUUUUAUUAUCGCCAAUUACCAAUAAAUCAUUGCAAAAAACCGAUAAAAUUAUGGCCACAGCUGCUGCUGCAUUGGGUUCUGGGUGCACACCAUCCCUAUCAGCUCACCUAAUUGGUGGAGUUGUUGGCAGUGGUGUUAAAGUUUCAAAUAUUGGAGUCAUUGAUUGUUCACCGAGUUCAACAUCUGCUGUUGCACUCAAUAAUAGCAGCCAUGCUCUUAGCGAUAAAGACAUAAAUAACAGCAAAACGGAAAAAGUUCUGGUUAAUAAAAAUGGUGGCAGCAGCAAUAAUGACACCGAAACCUAUAAUUCAUCUGGCAGCAGUGGAAAUAUUGGCGGAAGAUUAAAAUUUUUCAAAAAUGGAAAAGUAAUAUUAGAAUUGGCGCGUUCUAAAGAAGGUUCAAAGAAUGGAUGGAUAUCGGUUCCGAGGAAAGUUUUUCGCACACCGUCAGCCACUUCAUCAACAGUUACCCCUACUUUGGCCACAUCGAUAACAUGCUCUAAGAAUGAAAGUUUAGCAUCUCUAAGCUUUUCUGAUGACAACAGUUCUAUACAAUCUUCACCAUGGCAACGAGAACACUCUUGGAAACAACAAUCUCCUCGUAAAAGCAUUUCAAAAGCCAUGUCGUUCUAUUACCAGCGACCUAAGAUUGUCAUUUUGACUAAAGCUGCAUUUGCCAUUGCUCGUAGAAAACAUCGAAGGCCAUACGACACUAAUUUGUGCACUAAUGGAAAUUUCAUUUUAAAAAGUCAUGAAGAAAUGUUAGAAGAAAAACAGAGUUUCAAAGCAUUAUUGAAUCCAUCUCAUCAACGUGACACAAAACCAAUAAAUGUUAAUAAAGGCAGUGAUAUUAAAUGCAAAACAUGGAAGGAAGAAAUUAAAUGUGGGGUAAUAAAUGAAGAAGAUUGUUGCUCAAGUUCGUCUACAGCAACGUUAACCGGUUACGAUUUUACAGACGAACAAAUGGAAGUUAAAACGCCAACUCCGUCAUCGAUUUCUUUACCUCAUUCACCCUGUCCAAAUGACAAACUAUUUGAAAAUAAACCCACUGAAGAAGUGCAAAUCUGUACAACAGAAGAAAAUAAAAUAAACUCUCCAGAAAAUAUGAAUAAUGUUGAAAAUACUGAUUUGAUAUCAACGAUGGAUGAGAAUGACGGGACAGAACCCACUCUGAAUGGCAACACAUCAGAAGUAUGCAGCGUCAAUUCGCAAUCAGAUAAACUACAUUUUCAAGAUGUAUUUGAUCAACGUGGUGACGAUAAAAGACAUAAGAAAGGCAAAAUUCGACUUAAAUUAAGUACAAUUGUCCAAAAGUUGAUAGACAGAAUGCCUUUACGCCUUGCUCAACUAUCAAAGCUAAAUCAAUCAAUUGGGCCCACUAAUAGCUUUUUUGGUUCUACUAAUACAAUCUCGCAAAAGGUUUCACCAUCGAAUGCGUCAACUGCAACGCGUCUAGUCGAGUAUCCACAGCAUCAUGUAUCACCGCGAAAGCGAAUUCUCCGCGAAUUCGAAAAAGUAUCUUUGGAGGAUAAUUCCAAUUCAGCUGGAGGAAAGAGAAGUCGUGCGAAAAAUAACGCAACAUUAUCGUCGUCGUCGCCACAUCAUAGAACAAAAUCGCCCAAUAGUCGUAAUAACGUCAAUGCAAAUAGUAACAUACCGUCAAAAAUAAGCCAAUCCGGCAACAGCUCAAUUCGGUCAUCAUCAACAGAGUCAAUAUUGACAACUACACCUACACGCUUGUACAGCUCAUAUAGCAUUCAUUCAUUACUAGGGGGUAAUGUUUGUAGUAGCACACUACCGUCUAUAUCACUUGCAAAUACUGGUCCUAGUACAAUAACCAACGAAACCACGGUUCUUAGUAGUAAGGGCUAUCAUUCAAAACAUCAACAUGCUUCGCCCCAAACGCAUUAUAAUGAUCCCUCUUAUUUGCGUUCAAUGCUUGGUUCACCCAAAUCGCCAGAACAAUGUAAUAUUGGUUGCGGAGGCAAAUCACCGUCGACUUCAGCUUCAAAAAAACGGUCUCCACCCUACGUUUCUCCGCACGAUUUACACAUUAACAGUGAUGCAGGAAUGUUAAACAGUAAAACCCGUUAUGCCUCCGAACAAUCUAGUAAUAUAGAUACAACAUCUACAAUACUUUGUGGAAGUCAUUCUCAUUUACAUUCACAAAAUAAGGGGUUUUAUGUGCCGUACAUGCCAUUAUCAAAAUAUGUACCUCCUACGAGUACGUCAGUGCUCACAGAUACAACACCGUCAAUAUCGUCAAGUUCUUGCGGUCCUCAUGAAGCGAGAUCACCUCGACAUCUAUCAGCUUUUAGUAGAACAUCUUCACCUUCGAUAUCAUCAGCAAUUCUAGUUAAUCAAUCAUCUUCGUGUUCUAUUGGCAAUAGUAGAGAAAACUCGCCACCAACACCGCAGACAACUUCCGAUUCACCGCGUGACACUAUAUCAAGAACUGUACCAAAAAAGACUGCAUCAAUUCGUAGGCAAUUCGCUUCGCCCAAUGUCAUUGCAUUAAGUAUUGCCAACCCCUCGUCAGGGGAUCGUCACACUGAAGAAAUCUACUCAACUCAGGACCAUCAAACUCCUGUUUCUCUUGUGAAUACUUGCAGUAGUGGGAGUCAUCAAUUGCUACGUGGAUCGCCAAAUAAUAACACAGUUCCUUCACCACUUCAUCACUAUUAUAUGUAUUCAGCAGUGGCACCUAAUGACAACUCAAAUCAAGUUCCACGUAGUUCGCCCGUUUCAACGAGUACAUUUCCUAUUGGGCAUGGAGGAACAAAUAGUUCCGCUGGAUCAUACAUUCCAUCGGUGUUGCCGACCGCUUAUAUGAAUCCAUAUUUUGCAUUGGCUGCCUUGAGACAACCCCAACUAUGGUCACACUAUGGUGGCAUGUCUUUACCUUUGCAUCUGUCAUCAGUUGCGGCGACGGCGACGGCUUCACUGAGGCUUUCACCGCCAGCGUUUCACACCUUUGCUUACAAUGGAGUUAAUGCGGCUAUGGCGGCAGUAGUACAGCAACAACAACAUGUAUUGGCUUCAUCAGGUUUAAUACAUGGGCAUAGCCAGAACAGCGUAUCAGUGGUACCUACCGAUCAUCCAUCUCAAAAUGCUUGUGGCGGAAGAAAAGUUUCAGCGGCAACAAUUACUGAGAGAACGAUUGAUUUAGACGCUGUGGCAAUCGCGAAUAAUGCAACGGGUCUUGACUCGGUCCCAGAAGAAAUGUCUAGCAGCAAAAAAGAACAUAGUUCAGACGUGCCGCUGAACCUGUCUAAGCAUUGAGUGCAUUUUCCAUUAUAUAGUAAGUUCCAUUCGUUUUAGGUAGAUGUUAGCUGACUCACAUAAAGUAUUGUAUAGGAGAUCGAUACAUUUAUGUAAGGAUAAUUAUAUAAAAUAAUUUUAUAGCAUGUACUCUUUCACUCAUUUAAAUGAAUUGCGACUAACAUCUUUCGACUUGUGCAAUAAUUUUUGAAUGACAUAAAUAUGUAUAUUUAGAUACACAGAAAUUAAAAAAAUUAUAUAUAAAUAAUAAAUUUCGUGCAGAAAAGAACAGAUAGUAUAUUUAUUUACAUCAAUAAUAAUUAAUAUAGACUGUAUACACGAGAAAUUCAUCAGGAUUUAUAAUUGAAGAGGAGAUUUAAAUGAAAUCAACACUAUUCACAGAAUAAAGGCUGACAGAAGAAUGUUUAAUCUUAA